AUGGCUUCCAAGUCGGCGAGCAACCUCUCCUUUAUCCUCAACAAGCCACAUGACGUACAAUUCUCGGAUAGGCCUGUCCCCUCCCGCCAAGGCCCGCACGAUGUCCUUGUCGCUGUGAAUUACACUGGAAUUUGCGGAUCGGACGUCCACUACUGGGAGCAUGGCGCCAUCGGCCAUUUCGUCGUCAAGGACCCUAUGGUUCUAGGACAUGAAUCUUCUGGUACAGUGGUUGAGGUUGGCGAUGCAGUCAAAACGCUGAAAAUUGGCGAUCGUGUUGCUUUGGAGCCUGGUUACCCUUGCCGACGAUGCACACCAUGCCUAGGUGGCCACUACAAUCUUUGUCCCGAAAUGCGAUUUGCCGCGACACCCCCCUACGAUGGAACGCUGACUGGCUUCUGGGCUGCACCAUCCGACUUUUGCUACAACUUACCCGAUAACGUAUCGCUGCAAGAAGGAGCCCUGAUUGAACCAUUAGCCGUCGCUGUCCACAUAGUCCGACAAGCCGUCGUAACACCUGGCCAAUCGGUCGUAGUCAUGGGAGCAGGUCCCGUCGGUCUCCUCUGUGCAGCAGUAGCACGAGCCUUCGGUGCAUCGAAAGUCGUGUCCGUUGACAUCGUCGAAUCCAAGCUUAACUUUGCCAGGUCCUUCUGCUCGACCCACACAUACAUUAGCCAACGAGUUUCUGCCGAGCAGAACGCGGCGAAUAUCAAGAAAGAGGCGGGACUCGAGGAGGGUGCAGAUGUAGUGAUUGAUGCCAGCGGCGCUGAACCGAGUAUCCAAACCAGCCUACACGUCGUGCGCAUGGGUGGUACAUACGUUCAGGGCGGUAUGGGCAAAUCUGAUAUCACAUUUCCCAUCAUGGCCAUGUGUUUGAAAGAGGUGACAGCCAAAGGUAGCUUCCGAUAUGGCAGUGGUGACUAUAAACUUGCUGUUGAGCUGGUGUCCUCUGGCAAAGUUGACGUCAAGAAGUUGAUCAGCGGCAUCGUACAGUUUAAGGAGGCCGAGAAUGCUUUCAAGAAGGUCAAGCAGGGCGAGGUUAUCAAAAUUCUCAUUGCAGGUCCCAACGAGAAUGACGUCGCUGCUACCGCCUAG